AUGGCUGCUUAUUCUUUUGGAACAUCUAAUCAACGACCACCUCCUAAGGUUGAAUAAGCUCCAGGAGUAGGGAACUACAACCCUGAUCGAUAUCCUCAUUAAAGACCUCCUUCUUGGAAAAUUGGAACUGCCAAUAGAAUUGGAUUGCAGAUAGCUUUUCAACCUGGGCCAGGCUAAUAUGAGCAACUGCAAAAAGCCAUAAAAAGGAAAAAGCCUGAAUUCUCAAUGGGAGCUAAAUUUUAAAACCACACAGAAGUGGGCAAGGGAAUCACCCCUGGACCUGGUGCAUACAAUCCAGACUUUAAACCUCUGCAAAAGUGCGCUUCCAGUUAUAGCAUGAGAAAUAAGCCAUAAUUGGGAGGAAUUGAUGACAAUUUAAGAGAGCUAAAGAAUGGGCCUGGCCCUGCUGCAUAUGAGACUAAUUAUUCGACUGUCCUAAGCAGACCUGCAUCCAGAAUUGGGAAUCAAAAUAGAGGAGGCUUCUAUGAUACCAAACCCUUUAUUCCUGGAGUUGGUAAGUAUAAUGUGCGUCCUUCAACGUCGGGACCCUAUCAUAGAUUUGGAAAUGCCUUAAGAGAUUCAACCUUUACUGAAAGAGUAUAGACUCCAGGACCUGGCCAAUAUAUGCAUCAAUCGCACUUGAAUCUCAAAGCAACAACCAUCAGUUCCAAGCGAAUACCUACAGCAACUGAUUCAGCUCCAGGUCCUGGACAUUAUGAUCCUUCCACUGAUUUUACAAAGCGAACUGUUCCUGGGGGUAGGGUUGGAACUGCAAAGUAGAGAUAGGUCUUUGAUGCACAUUACACUCCAGGACCUGGACAUUAUUAAUCUCAGAGUGCUACUAAGAGAAGACCUCCCAGUUAUAAGAUAGGUUCAGAAUAAAGGAGACUUGUAAAUUAGUAGGAAGUGCCAGGUCCUGGAACAUACGAUAUUAGUAGAGAUGGGGGAAGCAAAGGUUAUACUCUGAGACCCAAAUACACAGAUAGAUUGCCAGAUGGUACGCCAGGCCCUUUGGAUUAUCAUCCUAAUGUUUCAUAGACAAAAUCGAGACCUUUGUCAUGCAGAGUUGGAACUGAGGCGAGGGAGAAGAGCAAAAUGAAUGACAAUCCUGCUCCAAAUCAUUAUCAAUUCAAUUAAGCAAAUCCAGGACCGAAAUUCCCAUUCGGAUCAGAAUCGAGAGUAACUGAUAGAAAUGAUGUUGGACCAGGACCUGGAACAUAUAACAUUCCACCUUAUUUUGCUAAUGUUCCUAAUUAUCUAAUUCCAAAUAAAAGCCAUAUAGAUUUGUGA